CGACACCGGAAGUAGUCGUGUGAAAUACACGCUUUGAAAGGUCCGCCACCGAGUGUUAGCUAAAGUUUGCAUUACUUUCAUUUCUGGAACGGGCGUUUUACUCUUCUCUUCACUCCAUCGGAACGAAGACAUGCCUUCGUUAAACGGAAAUUCGGAUGUUGUGUUUGAGGACGAUGACCUGCCCUACGAAGAGGAGAUCAUCAGGAACCCGUACUCGGUCAAGUGCUGGAUGCGUUACAUCGAAUUCAAACAGAAUGGACAUAAAUCCACCCUGAACAUGAUAUAUGAGCGGGCUCUUAAAGAGCUGCCUGGCAGCUAUAAGCUGUGGUACAGUUAUCUGAGAGAGAGAAGGAAACAAGUCAAGGGGAAAUGUAUCACUGAACCGGCCUACGAAGAGGUCAACAAUUGCCACGAAAGAGCACUGGUGUUCAUGCAUAAGAUGCCUAGAAUAUGGCUAGAUUACUGCCAGUUCCUUGUAUCUCAAUGCAAGAUCACAAGAAGCCGGCGAUCAUUUGACCGUGCACUCCGAGCUCUUCCUGUUACUCAGCAUCCACGCAUCUGGCCUCUGUAUCUCCGCUUUGUCCGCAACCUGCCCCUGCCUGAGACUGCUAUCCGGGUGUAUCGCAGGUAUCUCAAGCUUUCUCCAGAGAAUACAGAGGAAUACAUCGACUACUUACGGUCUGUUGACCGCUUGGAUGAAGCGGCUGUGCGACUAGCAGCUGUUGUUAAUGACGAAAGUUUUGUGUCCAAAGAGGGCAAGUCUAACUAUCAACUUUGGCAUGAGCUGUGCGACCUGAUCUCCCAGAACCCCAAUAAGGUGACCUCCCUGAAUGUCGGAGCCAUCAUCCGAGGAGGCCUCACUCGCUUCACAGAUCAACUUGGAAAACUUUGGUGCUCUUUAGCUGACUAUUACAUCAGGAGUGGCCACUUUGAGAAAGCCCGUGAUGUGUAUGAGGAGGCCAUCCUGACAGUCGUAACAGUAAGAGAUUUUACACAAGUGUUUGAUAGCUACGCCCAGUUUGAGGAGAGCAUGAUUGCUGCCAAGAUGGAGACCACUGCUGAGAUUGGGCAGGAUGAAGAUGAUGAUGUAGACCUUGAGCUUAGACUGGCCCGCUUUGAGCAACUGAUAGCCCGGCGACCCCUCCUCUUGAACAGUGUCCUACUGAGGCAGAACCCCCAUAAUGUGCAUGAGUGGCACAAGCGGGUGAAAUUGUAUGAGGGCAAUCCACGGCAGAUUAUCAACACGUAUACUGAGGCAGUACAGACGGUGGAUCCGAUGAAGGCCACAGGGAAACCUCACUCUCUCUGGGUUUCCUUUGCUAAAUUCUAUGAGGAAAAUGAGCAGCUGGAUGAUGCCAGAACAAUCUUCGAGAAGGCUACCAAGGUGAACUACAAGCAGGUGGAUGACCUUGCUGCAGUGUGGUGUGAAUAUGGAGAGAUGGAGCUUCGUCACGAGAACUAUGAACAGGCACUGCGCAUACUAAGGAAAGCUACAGCCAUUCCAUCUAAGAAAGCAGAGUACUUUGAUGUGUCUGAGCCAGUCCAAAACAGGGUGUACAAGUCCCUGAAGGUCUGGUCUAUGCUGGCAGACUUGGAGGAGAGUCUUGGCACGUUCCAGUCUACGAAAGCAGUGUAUGACCGCAUUAUUGACCUCCGCAUUGCAACGCCUCAGAUCAUCAUUAAUUAUGCCAUGUUUCUUGAAGAGCACAACUACUUCGAGGAAAGCUUCAAGGCAUAUGAGCGUGGUAUCGCUCUCUUUAGGUGGCCAAAUGUUUAUGACAUUUGGAACACUUACCUUACCAAGUUCAUCGACCGUUAUGGGGGCAAGAAGCUGGAGAGAGCUAGAGAUUUAUUUGAACAAGCCCUGGAUGGCUGCCCCGCCAAGUUUGCCAAGACCAUUUACCUGUUGUAUGCGAAGUUGGAGGAGGAGUAUGGCUUGGCAAGACAUGCUAUGGCUGUAUAUGAAAGAGCAACACAGGCAGUAGAUACUCAGGAGAGACAUCACAUGUUCAAUAUCUACAUCAAGAGAGCAGCUGAAAUCUACGGGGUUACCUAUACCAGAGCAAUUUAUCAGAAAGCUAUUGAGGUUCUUCCUGAUGAGCAUGCAAGGGACAUGUGUCAGCGAUUUGCUGACAUGGAGAGUAAACUGGGUGAGAUUGAUCGGGCCAGAGCAAUCUAUUCCUACUGCUCCCAGAUCUGUGACCCAAGGGUGACCGCUAAUUUCUGGCAGGCCUGGAAAGAAUUUGAGAUCCGCCAUGGAAAUGAGGACACCAUAAGAGAAAUGCUGAGGAUCAAACGCAGUGUCCAGGCAACAUACAACACUCAGGUCAACUUUAUGUCCUCUCAGAUGAUGAAGGCCAUAACAAGUGCCACAGGCACUGUGUCAGAUCUUGCUCCUGGCCAGAUGGGAAUUGAUGACAUGAAGAUGUUGGAGCAGAAGGCACAACAGAUUGCUGCAGAAGCGGAGCAGGACAAACCCAAGCCCAAAGAGAAGAUUCUCUUUGUCAGGAGUGACACGUCUCGGAGUGAGUUGGCUGAGCUUGCCAAACAAGCCAAUCCUGAUGAGAUCGACAUUGAUGAUGAGGAUGAGGGCGACGAUGAAGACCAAGGACCAGAGGAGGUGCAGCUUGAACAAAAGACUGUCCCCACAGCUGUGUUUGGAGGACUUAAAGAGGAUUGAAACAUUCCUGUGCUCACUGAAUUUUGCAAUGAUGCACUCUUCUGAUUUCUCUUGUAGUCAUUGAAUAGGCUCAAUUUUUAAAUUGACUGUAAAUGUUCAAUUGUAUUCACUUUAUUUUGACAGACUGAUGAGUGAAAGAGAUCAGUAUCGAAGAAAAAAACUGUUAGUUUUGGCCACAAGGUGUCAGUCUUUGUCGGGUAUAGUGGCUCAAGAUAAUUGUGCAACUGAGUAGUUUUCUAUCAUGAAAUACUUUUGCAGUUACAUGUUAACUGUCAUUGAACGCUGAUGUUGUUUGACUUUGUUACAGAACAACAUAUGUAAAAGAAUUUACAGUGAAAACUUUUGUAUUCAUAAUAAAUGCCGAGACCUUUCUCUGACAGGAAGCUCUGCCCUAGAAAACAGGGGAGGAGCAUAGUUUCUUCAACAGGGAGCAUUCAUUUGAAAGUGGAGCUGAGCAUUCAAGUUUCACAUUGUUGGCUUGAGGAUCUCUAGUAGGUGUGUCUUGCUAUGCCCACUAUUUCUGAAAAGAUUUCUUAACUGGUAUACCGAUAUCUCUAUCCAAAUAUUGAUUUCAUGCCAUUGUUGUAAACUUAGUAUUGUACACUCGAACAGUUUGUACUGCUAAUUGAAUUAUAGGAGGGCUGUAUAAAAAAGUUAUUCAUAAUUCACUAAACAUGCAGGAAAUAAAGUUUCAGGUGUACUUGGGUAAUUACAGUGAUACCAUCAUGGCCUUUGAUAAACUUUUUUUGAACGUGUUCAAAAUUUCCAUUGUUUGUGAAGUAUGCAGCAGCAAUUAUAGUUGUGUCAAGUCGG